UUGCGUCAUAAAGGAACCGAAGAUGGCUUCACGAUGCGCUACGGCAGUGCUUAGAUGCGUCAAUGCUCAGCUGUCGGUACACACUUACAGGAAAAGGAAGGAAGGAUAAAGCAAAUUAGAAAUACUGGGACUAAAGGCAGGCGAGCCGUUCAGAUUUAUGCCUCCAGCCAGUUUAUGCUGCACUUGGGUUGUUUAACAGUCAGGGACAAUGGGUUCGACUACAGAUGAAGAAUUUAAAGAUAAAUUACUAUGGAACGUCAAAAGAGAAGUGAAGCAGAUUAUGGAGGAGGCAGUGACCAAGAAGUUUGUACAUGAAGACAGCAGCCACAUUAUUGCACUUUGCAGCUCCAUUGAGGCUUGCUUAAGCCACCUGUUGAAGCGAAGAGCAGCGGGAUUUCUCCGCAGCGAUAAGAUCGCCGCCCUCUUCACCAAGAUCGGCAAGGUGAACACCACAGCGAGUGAGAUCUGCCGCAAAGUUCAAGAACAGCUACAGCAGCAGGCCGAAAUCACCAGGAGAACCCAGAGCACAGGACAGGAGCCCCUCCUGAGGCAGGGCUCCUCUGCUGGCCGAGCGCUUCAGCCACUCUCUGAGCAGGCCAUCAAGCACAUAUGGGUCCGCACGGCCCUCUUUGAGAAAGUCCUGGACAAAAUAGUGCAGUAUAUUGUGGAUAAUGCAAGUAAGUAUUAUGAAAAGGAGGCCCUCAUGCACGACUCUGUGUUUGGCCCGAUACUGGCAGCACUGCUGGUCGGGCCGUGCGCUCUAGAGUACACUAAGCUCAAGACGUCGGAUCAUUUCUGGACGGACCCGUCAGCAAAUGAGCUGGUCCAGAGGCAUCGCAUUCACGGGGCCCACAGGGGCCAAGAAGUGUCGCCGGGCCGCAGGCCUGCACUUGGGAUCCGAAAGCGUCAGUCCUCUGGAAGCAUGUCUGAGGACAAGUUUGCAGCCUCGGCGAGAGAGUACGUCGAAUCCCUACACCAAAACUCACGCAUUCACUUGCUCUAUGGAAAAAACAAUGUACUCGUUCAACCGGUAAGACAGUACAUACACACACACACAUGCAAAUGCACUUACAGGAAAACUAGUCUGCAUCUACAGAUCUUUAUGUCGGACUGUGGGGGUACUCUGGUGUUAGUAAGUCAGGAUGGAAUCCAGCGGCCUCCUCUGCACUUCCCUCCUGGGGGCCACCUGCUGGCUUUCCUGUCCUGUUUGGAGACGGGUUUACUGCCCCGUGGUCAGCUUGAGCCCCCCCUCUCGUCCCAGAAGGGCAAGGGUAAAGUCUUCCCUAAGCUCCGUAAGAGGAACAGCAUGGCCCGUUUAGUGGAUCAGGAUGGAGAUGGCGAGGAGCAGAUCGCUGCAGACUAUGUGUUUCGCAUCGUCUAUCCGGGGCACCGUCACGACUCAACGGACUGUGGGGGUACUCUGGUGUUAGUAAGUCAGGAUGGAAUCCAGCGGCCUCCUCUGCACUUCCCUCCUGGGGGCCACCUGCUGGCUUUCCUGUCCUGUUUGGAGACGGGUUUACUGCCCCGUGGUCAGCUUGAGCCCCCCCUCUCGUCCCAGAAGGGCAAGGGUAAAGUCUUCCCUAAGCUCCGUAAGAGGAACAGCAUGGCCCGUUUAGUGGAUCAGGAUGGAGAUGGCGAGGAGCAGAUCGCUGCAGACUAUGUGUUUCGCAUCGUCUAUCCGGGGCACCGUCACGACUCAAUCACUAUAAACUACCACCACACCACGGGCAGUCGUGCGCCCUCUCUGGACGACGAUGAGGAGGAGGAAGAUAGACUUCACGCUAUGAUCUCUAUGAUCUGCUCACGGAACCUCACAGAUCCUAAUGUCAUGAAAGACCAUGGGGACAUGAUGGAGAUGCAGGGUUUUGGCGGCAGCCCGUUGUCAUGGCAGCAGGGCGAGUGCACCAGUCAUAUGUCAUCUUGUCUGUCCUGCUCCACUGGGGGCAGCAACGCUUCCGUCGAGCUUCCAGCGAGCUGUACCUGCAUGCACGACCGUAUUCCACUGAAGAUGCUGUGCCAAAAUAUGAAGAGACAGAUUGUGUCUCGAGCGUUUUAUGGCUGGCUGGCCUAUUGUCGGCACCUGUCCACUGUGAGGACGCACCUUUCAGCACUGGUCAACCACAACAUUGUCCCUCCGGACAAGCCCUGUGAAGCCUCUGGAGGGCUCAGCAAAGAUGUGUGGAGUAAAUAUCAGAAAGACUGUAAGAAUUAUAAGGAGCUGGAGCUGCUGAGGUUGGUUUACUAUGGAGGGGUGGAGCAUGAGAUCAGAAAGGAGGUGUGGCCAUUUCUGCUGGGCCACUACAAGUUUGGGAUGGACAAGAAAGACAUGGCUCAGAUUGAUGAGAAGAUCACAGCAAGGUAUCAGCAGGUGAUGCGGGAGUGGAAGGCAUGUGAGGUCAUUGUGAAGCAGCGGGAAAAAGAGAUGCAGUCGGCCAUCUUUGCCAAGUUGUCGUCAGGGAGCAGUAUAGACAGCCACGUCCUCAGACUCAUCCAUAGGGACUCCACCAUUAGCAACGAGGUAUUCAUGUCCAUGGAUGAGCCUGACACAGGGGGUCACGACACCUCAUGUGAGGGAGGAAGUACUCCCACCUUAACCACUGUGGUUACCCCGGCCAUGUUAGCUCCAGACGAGAGGCCGCUGGUGGAGUUUGACUCUCCAGACUCAGGCCUGCCCUCCUCCAGGAACUACUCCGUAGCAUCUGGACAUUCCCAAAUCAUGUCCAGCAUCGAUGACGGACAGAGCAUGGAGGAGGACACUACACCCACUGGGGUACUGGAGGAGCAGGGUGGACGGGACUCUCUGAGUGAGGACAAACUCUGCAAUCAGCUGGACAAACUCACAACCACCACUGAGGGCACUGCACCAUCUUUCUCCUCUUAUACGUGCUUGGCCUACAGCUGUUUCAAUCAGCUAAUGAAAAGGAUGAGUCAGAAUUUCCCUACCGGAGGAGCCAUGGACACUCAUUUCGCCAAUAUGAGGUCACUAAUACAGAUCCUUGACUCAGAAUUGUUUGAGCUCAUGCAUCAGAAUGGAGAUUACACCCAUUUCUACUUCUGCUACCGCUGGUUCCUCCUGGACUUCAAAAGAGAGCUACUCUAUGAGGAUGUGUUUGCGGUAUGGGAGGUCAUCUGGGUCGCCCCUCGCAUCUCCUCCAAGCACUUUGUCCUGUUCAUUGCACUGGCCUUGCUGGAGGUGUACAGGGACAUUAUCCUGGACAACAACAUGGACUUCACUGAUAUCAUCAAGUUCUUUAACGAGAUGGCCGAGCGCCACGACGUGCAGCACAUCCUCCGAAUAGCGCGGGAGCUGGUACACAAGGUGCAGACCCUUAUCGAGAACAAGUGAGAAUAAGAGUAGGCUGCCGCCCACCGAGUCCCACCUGGCCAAAUCUCCUCCUCAAGGCUUGAGACCGCCCGGGAUCUGCCUCGACGUCUCGACUCUUAAUAUCGUUUGCCUGCCACAGAAUGCUGUUGUGUCAGACCCUGGCGUUGUCUGCAUGCUCGUGGUGUUUGAGCACACUGUGACUGAGGUUUUUUCCUUUCUUGCUGUACAUGCCUUCAGCACACACUGCACCGAUCAGGUCCUUUUAGAUCUGCUUUUAUAAGAAAUGAGAAGCCUCGUACAGGGGGCAGAACCGUUUCCUUUCCCUAAUGGCCGCCAAAUGUACAGCAAGUAUUCCACGAUGAAUAAAAACCGCACAGUUUUGAAUCCUCAAACGAGGCUGCGUUAGGUCAGCUCCCUUAAAUAAUAACUAAGCCACGAAGAAGUCGUCCAAACAGUGUGUGACCAAAAGGGCUGUGCCAAUAACCUUGUGCUAGUAUUUAUAUGCCUCGUUUUAUCGUUUAGCGUCUCUAUUGCCCCUUUUCUUCUGUACGAUGUUUCGGUUGAUGGUGAUGACGACGAUGAUCUCGAGUUGACGUUGCCUUUGUAACACGUUUCACGACCUGCGUCCAUAUGUUUGCACUUUGAAUCUUGUCGCUCCAUGACACCCGUGAUGCUCCUCACUGACAGGUGUUAUCAGGGGUCACUACACUUCCCUCAGUGUCCUAAAGUCUGGAAAGGGUCCAGGCUCUUCCACGGGUCAGAAAACUGCUUCCAUGUGAUGAGACUAAUUAGUCUUUGGUGUGUCACAUUUGAGAUGUUCACUAACUUCAGGCUUUGUUCACUCACACUGCAUAUACUGUACACUACUGUUCAAACGUUUGGGGUCAGUAAGAUUUUUGAUCAUUUUAUUCU